AUGGCCAAGGCUUUGGUUACCCGCUUCAACCCGAGGCAAAAGCAACAAGAGAAUGUCACCAUUGAAGCGCUGGCUCUCGUCCCCUGGAGCAAGCGCAUGGGUGACCCCGUACCAGAGGUCGCAGCCUUGAAGACCAUUGCUCACCUGGACAGCCACUACCGCCUCUGGUGCUGCCUUGAUAAUGGUGCCAUUGAGAUUGUCCUGCCCAUUAGCGGCCGUCAUGACAACACCAUUCAAAUACAUUCCCAGCUCAUUACCGCCAUCCUUUACCACGACGGCUAUGUCUGGACCGCGGCCUAUGAUGGAACCAUCGCCGUGACCAAUGCCCGCACCCACAAAAUCCUUGACAAGCUCAAAUUUCACUCCGACGCCGUCUCGUGUGUGCACAAGGAUGACAAGGGCCGCAUCUGGUUCGGAUCCCUAAACGGGCAAAUAUCCUGCUGGGACCUCGUGGACCCUGCAGGCCGGAACCCCGAAGUUGUGGCGGUUGUCAAUCUCGAGGCCUCGGAAGUGCGGGCUGCUCUCAAGGAAAAUGAGCAGCUUCGCAUUUAUAGCCUUCGCUACCACCAAGACAAACUCUGGUUGGCCGCCGGCAGCACCAUUGUGGUGUACGACCUGCAACUGCACCGAGCCAUUCUACAUCUACCCCACGGCAUUGUACCGGCCCCGGCCACCCCAAACACAUCCUCCACCACCAGCCACUCUGCCCAUGCAGCAGACUUGUCCUCUUACACCUCAUACUCACAGCGUGCCUCGGCUUCCACCGACCUGGACUCGCUGGCUGCUCUCAGCAUGGCCGACACCAUGUCUGUCGGCAGCAAUAUGAGUAUGGCCUCGACGACUACGACAAAGUCCAUGCCCGCUCCAGAGGACGAUUCCAUUCACCCAGCUGCGCUCGUGGCCUCGGCCAUCGAACAACAUCAUCAACAGCAACAGCUGCACCAGCACCAGCAACACUUUCAACCUGCUUUGCCCCACCAACACCGCCCGCCCAUGACCAACCGCUCGCGCGCCGGUUCAAACUCUAGCAAACUCAAUGCUGCCGCCCAGCGGGCUAUCAAGUUGCUCUCCAACUCUAGCAGCAACGAUGGUCGAUCCGGAAGCGAUUCGCGCCGUGGCUCCAUGCCGGCGCUCUCCAGCAACCGCGGCACUCUAUCACCCACCGGCAGUCGCAACCGGCCUCUUUCUCCGAACCGCUUGUCCCCACACCCCGCCGGCAACGGGGGUCCCAGAGAACGCAGUAACUCCCUCUUUCGUGCGCGCGAGCGAGAGCAACUCGGUUUUCCUGAUGCUGCCACUGCCAGUGGCCCCGUAGCUCAGGCCAACGCCUUCUUACGCCGCAUGAAAUCGGCCCGAGAGCACCAACGGCAACGUUCAGAAGCGCAGCCCACCGUGUCCUCCGGCCGACCCCCCAGUGGAGGCUCGGUGAGCUCCCUCGUCCUCCCAAACACUUCGCGCCCCUUGGCUGUCGAGCGCCCCCGUUCCGGAAGUACCAAGGCCGGCUUUGCUCCCUUUUCCACCGCCGGCGUUGUCUCCUCGGACAGUGGCCUAAACGCCGAAUGGAAGCCCAUUCAAGCUGAGCGCUUUGCCCGCUCGGCUGAUACGAGCCCGCUCAAGAUGCCAGUGCGUGACUCUGGUGUGGGCGAAUCCAUGCCACGCCCUUCUGCAGCGCGACCCCUCUUGCCCGACCUGAGCCAAGCCACCCAUCCACGGCUCAGCACACUGACGAGCGCGAGUAGCAAUCCCCCCGGUGCUAUUUCUGCUCUGCCAUCGCCACACUCCGUCGUCUCCGUUUUCGGCGAGGAAGAGGCACCCGCGGCCCAGGAAAGCAAGCCUUGGGCCAAGGAUCGCCUCCGUAAAAUUCUCGGCUUUCAUGGCGGUGGCGCUGCCACCCUUUCACCUGAUGAGCUUCCACGCUUCUAUCGCCGUGGAGCCAAUCUGGACGGUGAGGAUUGCCCGACGCCACCCUCGUCCGUGUCCAACAAGAAUUUGGUCUACCUGGGCAGCUCCUACUCGUCAUUCGGCUCGCGCCGGAAUGGUGACACCCGCCACAUGACAGUGGCUGCGCAUUGCCUGGAGCUCGGCGUGAACAACGAUCUUUGGACCGGCUGUGAAAACUUGGGCAUGGUCCAAGUCUGGAGCUUGACGGACGGCAACAUGAUCUGGGAGGUCCAUGCCGAUUGUGGUGGCAUCGUUGUCCUGCGCCUCAUCACUGGACGCAUGUGGGCCGCAUGUGCCACUGGCUCCCUCUUGGUAUGGGACGCGGUCACCUACGAGCCUUUGCAGGAGAUUGAUGCACACGCCGAUGCCGCACGCUUCCUGCUGCCUGUCAGUACCGAUGUCCUACUCUCAUCCGGCGCCUCACAGGACGGCACCAUCGCUUGGUGGCAACUUUUGGCGCCAGGCCAGCAGCUGUCACUUGCGCACUUUUCGCCGUUUGAAGAGGAGCCCGUGGAUGACGGCAAGAGCCGCCAUGCCUUUAUGGCAUACAACCGCUAUGGCUUUGCAUUGGAUACCUUUUUGCGUAACGAAGAUGGCUCUUGGAUGUUGAUGCUGGACGACGAACUGCCCCCUAGUGCGCAGGCCACGAUCACGGCGCGCGAGCACCGAAACAGCAGCUGGUUACAGCUCUUGGCAGACCACCCCAACUUGGAAGGGGUCUCUGAAGACUCACAACUGACCACCUGCGUUGCCAAUGGCGUCCCGAAUCAACAUCGGAUCAGUGUGUGGUCGGUGUUGCUCAAUCGUUGGAUUGGGCAGGAGCGCGCCGCGCGUGGCGGCAACUAUUACAACGAGCUCUGCCGUCGGGGCAAGAGUCCUUGCGAUGCACAAAUUAUGCUCGAUCUGCCACGCACUUUUCCCCACAAUCGCUUUUUUCAGGAUCGUCGCCGUCGUGGUUGGCGUUGUCUUCGGCGUGUGCUCAACAGCUUUGCGCUGCACAACGCUGAAAUUGGCUACUGCCAAGGUUUCAAUUUCAUUGCCGCCUUUCUGCUACUCUUCUUGCCGGAGGAAGUGGCUUUCUGGGGCAUGGUCGCUUUGAUUGACCACAUUAUGCCUGUGGGCUACUAUGUCGAUCCCAUGAUCUCGCCUCGUGCAGAUCAACGCGUCAUGGUGGACCUGGUCCAGGUUCAUCUUCCUGCGCUGGGCGCCCGAUUGGCCGAGCUCGAAGUGGAUCUGUCGCUGGUGACCUUUCAAUGGUUCUUUGUAAUGUUCGUGGACAUGUGUGACACUGAGCUGACUCUACGCUUGUGGGACUUGAUCUUUGUACAUGGUCACAACGUGAUUUUCCGCGUGGUCCUGGCAUUGCUCAAGCUGCAUGAAGCGCAGCUGCUGCAGAUGGAGGAUCGCCAGGAAGUUUACAUGCGCCUUCGGCGCUUGGGCUAUGAUGUUUCAACGCAUUUGGACACCAUCAUCGAAUUGGCCAUGAGCUUACCGCUGGAUGACCAGCUGAUUGUGGAGCGCUUUGAUGCGCAUGUGGAGGCCAUUAGUCAAGAGGAACAGGACGUGCUGCGCCAACGGAAGUCCAAGAACGCUGUGAACGCAGCGGCUCCACCCUUGUCACCUGGCCUUCCCGGCUCCACCCCCGCAUUUCCCAUUGCAGGCUCGGUUCCAGUUAGCGCUGGACCCAACGCGGCGGCUCAGAGUGUUGUUGUGCACGGUGGUGCAAGUCGGGACGGCCAAUUAGAAGAUGGCAGCCAUGGUGACAAUGACGCACAAGUGGCAUUGCCGGUUCCCUUUUCGUACGGUGGGCCGGCAGCAGCCGAUUUGAUUGCAAUGGCCAUGCAAGCGCGUGUGCAGACGACGACGAUGCAGCGCAAUCGGCUGCAUUCUGAAACGGACACGGGCCACCUGACGGUGCUUGGUGAUGAGCAGGUUACACCCGACCUGGCCAACCUGGACUUGCCCAAGUCGCAGCCGAUGAGCCUGCACGCCGCGAUGGACGUGGGUGGGGCUGCACCUGCCGGCAAGGUUGCAGUUUCGCCGGAUUGGACCCCACAAGCCGUGCGGCGUCACCACCUUGACUCGUUUGAUUCGUGGACCGACAGCGAUGACCAACGCAGCGGUCAUUGGUCCGGUGAUCAGCGCAGCGGCGAGCCAGCUGAUUCGCACGUCAUGUUUCGGGCGGGCGUGGAGCGAAGCACGACCGUGGUGCCGACUGCAUUUUCGCCUGCCGCUGUACCGGGCCGUCGGGAUGACCACCAUAGCCCUGUACCGGACGAUCUUGCCAAUCUGACUCCUUCCGGCCCUGAUUCGCAUGCCGACGACCUGGAGCAGCUCUCCUUGUAG